AUGUAUACGGAGCAUGUGACACUCGUUGGGACUUUGGUCGUAGAGUUCGUCUUCCAGAAAAAUGCCCCCCUUGACGCCAUGCGGGUGUGUUGGCUCAUCUCCAGCGUUAGUGGGGCGUUCACUGGCGCGACCGCGGUGUUCCUGGCGCUUAUUCACACCGUCCGCAGGGACCGCGCGCGGUGGGCGGUCGUCGUGGGCCUUUCCUUCGCGUCCAACGUCUUCUACAUCCUCUCGCUGAGCUUCGGCGCACAAAGGACCGAAAUCAUGGUGGCCAAGAGCAUGGAGAACGCCCUGUUUGCGCUCAACAUCGUCCUUUUCGUCGUCGGGAGUAUUUACACCACCUUGCUGUACCUCCGUCUUCCCGACGAUGAUCGGAGCGGAAGAGGCGUCGUGGCGACCCAAAUCAUACGCCCCAGGAAACGCUUCCGUUCCGUUGGAGUGUGA